AUGAACACUACUAAUGUAGAAGACAACGACGUAAAUGAGACUGGAACGACUAGUGAAGGUCCCUCGUCCGGCAGGUGUCCUGUGGAUCAGCAGCACAGGCCCAGUAGUCAUGCUACUGCUGAAGCUAUAAGAUUGAAAUGGACAAAAGAAAUCAAUGUUGUCAUAAUGGAGUGCUUUUAUUUAAGUAAGCCGUUUAACGAAAAUGGAAAACCUCAACGAGGAUACCGACAGCGAAUGCAUAGGAUCUGGAAUGAGAGAGGAGUGUUUCCCGCAACAGAACAAAGGAUUUGUGAUCAAGCUAGAGCAAUAAGGAAGAACGGUUGGUUAACAGACAUUGAACUGGAGAGUAUAAAACAAAGAGUAUUAAGUGAGGAAAUAAAUCAUGGAGAAUGUGAUUUGGAAAGAGAAGAAGAAGUGGGAUGUGAUAUGACCAUGAAUGGAGAAAUGAGAAAUAAAAAUGAGGAGACAGAAAGUGGAAGGAAUGUAGAAUAUCGAGAAGAUACACAGACAACAGAGCAAUCUGAGGAGAGAGCAGAAGAAUGUAUUAGAUCUGAAGGAUAUGGAGAGCUAAGUAAGGACGAGAUUGUUGAUAGGAUAAUCGAGAUCAUGAAAGGUGAAGAAGAUUAUUAA